AUGGUCUAUGGAUUGCACACUAUUGAAGACAGGAAAGCUAUGUGGCAAAAACCGGAGCAAUUGGAGCCUUUAAUCCAGAUCCCCUGGCUAGUCAUGGGUGAUUUCAAUGCUAUACUUAAAGGGGAAGAUAGGCUGCAUGGAAACCAAGUAAUGGAUGUUGAAACAAGGGACUUUGAUCAAUGUUUACUUAACACAGAGUUGACUGAGAUGAGGAGUAUAGGUAGAUAUUUCACCUGGACAAAUAGCCAUGACCUGAGCAAGAUUGACAGGGAACUAGUAAGUGCAAAAUGGUUGACUACUUGGCCCCAACUAGUGGUCACGGUUAUGGAUCCUCAGUUCUCUGACCAUGCCUUACUGUGUGUGGAUAUGGAAUGCUAUCAGAAUCAAAUAGCUAGACCCUUCAAGUUCAUGAACCACCUAGUUAAGCAUGCUAAAUUUUUGAACUGUGUUAGAGAGGUAUGGCAGGAACAAGCCUGGGGCAGCCUAAUGGAAAAAAUAUGGUAUAAACUGAAGCACAUGAAAGGGGUAAUGAAGAAGCUAAACCAGAAAGAGUUUUCAAAUGUAGAACAAAGACUCCAGAGUGUCAGACACCAAUUGAGUGAGGUGCAGAAACAGCUUAGGACAAAGUACAAUGAUCCAGCUUUGUAUGAUAAAGAGAAGAUGCAUAAGGUUGAGGUAGAGAAAUGGAGUUUAGUGGAGGAAAGCAUCUUGAGACAGAAGACUAGGGUGCAAUGGCUUGGACUAGGGGAUUCCAAUUCAGCUUACAUCUUUGCUAGUGUAAAGAGUAGAAUCAGCCAGAACUGUAUCAAGAAUGAUGCUCAUGGGAGUGUUCUCCAGGACAAUAAUGAUAUUGAACAAGAAAUUAUUGGCUUCUAUAAAGGUCUCCUAGGCUCUUGUGCUGCAGAAUUGCCCUCCAUUAACCCUGACAUAAUGAAUUUUGGCCCUAUCCUGAAUAGAGCUCAGCAAUUGGCACUUAUCAAACCUAUGGAGAGGAAAUAA